AUGCAGUAUACUGAUGGAAAUAUGACCAAUCUUGUGAAUGCAUGGACCCAAUGGACCAGCAUGCAAGUUAUGAACCAAACGCCGAAACUUAAGCUUGGCAUCCACUGCCAUCCUGACGGCGACACCUGCACCGUCCUUAGCUCCGAGAUUAAUGCCAGCCAAAGUCAAUGGUUGCUCAAUAUCUUCGGGACCACUUCCUCAAGAGAAAGUUCUGACUCAAGGCCCUUGGGCAACAUCGUUUUGGAUGGCGUCAACUUCGACAUUAAGACUAGCAAUGGGAAGUACUGGGACAAGCUGGCUAGAGCUUUGAAGAAUUUUGACCAGCAACUGAUUCUCUCGGUGGCACUGCAAUGUCUGAUAACCCCAUAA